GGAUUCGUAGUCCAGGUGUGUUUUCUUCUGUAUCGGAGGGAAGAAAAAACGUCAUCUGCAGAACUACAAUUCCCGACAUCGUCCGGUGUCUCCGUACCUCUGCCGGCAGGUGAGCCCGGUGCAGGCCAGGAGGAUGCUGAAGGAAGCCGGGGAGGCCACGAAGGCCGGGAGCCACAAGCCUGAGCUGUACCGCUGGAGGAGGCAAACCUCCGGAGCCAAGGCUAAGUCGACUUUUGACUAUGACAAUGUGGAGCACUGGAUUAAGAAGGUGGAGCAGGCCUCAGAAUUUGCCGUGUCUGAAGUGUUUUCCUCCAAGAAACCCACCCGGCGCACAAAGAGACCCCCGGCACUGGAGCUGCAGUCCGCGGACCAGCUGCACGACCAUGACGAUGCCUAUACUGAAGCCCAGGAUCUGCUGAGCGAGUGGUUGGGCAGUAAGCUGAAGCUGGAGAUUGGCAGCGAGGACGAGAACGAGCCUGAAGUGGACCCCAUCGAGCCAGCGAAACCUUCCCCUCCACAGUUUGUCAAGUACAGCAGGUUUGAUGAUCUCUACGAUUAUCUGGAGAAGGAGACCGAGACUUUGAACACUCAGGAUUUCCUGCAGAAACUUCUACAGAAGGAAGUGAUGGAUUCCGGGAUACUGGAAAAUCUCAGGAGUGAGAGGAGUCCUAAAGUCCAUAAACAGAGGGACCCAAGAGUCACCAUGGAAGUGCGACACCAGCAGGUAAAGGAGAACCGGUUGCGUCGGCAGAGGGAGGCGGAGAGGCGGAGGCAGGAGCUGACGCUGAAGAGGUCGGCUCUGACGGAGGCGCAGAGCCUGGUCCAGGAGGAGAACCGGCAGAAAGCGCUGAAGGCCAAGAAGGAAGAGGAGGCGAUCCAGAGAGAGAUGGUGAAACUGCGCAAAGACAUGAGCGAGCGCAAGAGAGCGAUGGAGGAGGCCAGGAGAGCAGAACUGAGGAGACAGGAGCCGGAGAAGAAGGAGGAGACCACGCAGAGGACACGAAGAGCGACCGAGGAGCCGGAGAGCGGGAGACUCCAGAAACAAGCCGAGAUCCAGGAGCUCCUCCAGCAGAUCUACGCGGAAAACCACCGGUGCCUCCAGAAACACUUCACCACCUGGUACAAGCUGGUGCUGGAGCGCAGGCUGAGGAUGGGCAAGGCCCGGGCCCUGGCUGACUGGAAGCUUCAACUAAAGACGUUCCGGGCCUGGAGGGACCACGCGUGGUUGGAGAAGAUGGAGCGGGAGAGUCGGCAAAUGGAGAACGAACUGAGGGAUCAGAACAGGAAACAACAGGCCGCAGCAGAGUGCUACAACAGACGCCUCCUACGACGCUUCCUGGUAGAGUGGCAGCUCUGGUGCCGAGGCGAGAAAGAGAAGAGAGUGCUGGAGGCCCAGAAAGAGGAAACUAAGAGGAAGAUGGUGGCUCUCCUGGACGCAGCCUCAUCUAUCGGGGGCCACAAACAGACCAAUGAAGAUCAGAGGUUGGCGAUUGUGAGCAGCCAAGAGACCAAAGAGUCUAAGGUGGAAGAGAGCGGCAGCCCAAAGACUGAAGCUCCAGUCACACCACACAGGAAAAAGGCCGACGGUCCCAGGUAUGCCUGGCAGGUGACACCCCAGCAUGCAUCCCUCACCCGCGAAGAGCUGGAGAGGCACCGACUGCAGACUCGCAGUGCCCCCCAGGGGUCCAGUCAUCAUAAGAAGAUCCCACCUUAUGGGGAAAAUUUUGAGAACCGCCAAGUUUUCCAGCAAAAGCUGAUCGAGGAGCAGAAGCGGCAGCUGCAGGAGCAGAAAGAGAUGAUCCUCGGUCUGAUGGAGAAUCAGAGACUCAUGAUCGCCAAGCAGGAAGCCAAAAACGCCAGCGCUGUGACCGCAGAACUGUCCCGCCGGGUCACCCACAGAACGGGCAAUGACCCCUCGACCCAGGCCUCGCCCACACACGAGACCCCUCACAGAUUGCCGCCAUCAUCUACACAAUCGGAACUGCCCAGCACAAGCCCCGCCCACAGCGCUGUGUCCGCGUCUAGAAGGACUACCCCUCAUCCUGCAGUUACAGCCAUGGAGGAGAGAGCAGCGCAGCGUGCAGAAAGGAGGCGACUACUGGAGGAGAUGAGGAGGAGGCGUGAGGAGGAGAAGCUGGCCCAGCUGCGGGCGGCAGAGGAACAGAGGCUACAGAUGGAGAUGGCAGAGAAGGAGGCGCAGCUGGAGAGGAAGAGGGAGGAGAAGAGGCUGCAGAGACAGAAAGAAGAGGAGAAGCAAAGGAGGCUGCAGAGCGAGCGAGAGCUCCUGGAGAAAGCGAGGCUGCAUGAUGACAGGAGGCUGCUGAGGUCCUGUGGUCUGGAGCCCUGGAAGAGGCUGCUGGAGCAGUGCCGGAGUAAUGUGGAGCGGGCAGAGUCUCAUUACGGUCAUGUCCUCCUGAGACGCGGCCUCCUUUGCUGGUCACAAACAGCAAGGGAGAUUGUGACGGAGAAGAUCCAGCGGGCAGACCAGCUGUGCACCACUUUACUGUUAAGGAGAACCUUCCAGCACUGGCUCAAGUACAAGGACUACCUGUCCAUCCAGGAGGAGAGGGCAGUGCGGCGCCACAGGGCGAAUCUACAGAGAAGGACAUUUAUAGCCUGGCUGGACGUGGCGCAGGAGGAGAAGAUAGCCAUGUGGGAAAAGCAGAGGAUGGCAGCGGAGCACAACCAGAGGAGGAUCCUGCUGAGCGCGCUCCGAACAUGGAGACGGUUCCCAAAGGUGCUGAAGGAGCUGAGAUUACAGGAGGAGCGAAGAGCGGCGCUGAGAAAGAGAGUGGCCGAACUCCUCCCCGACUUCAAGAUCAGUUCAGACAACAGAGAACUGUAAGUGGAGGAUGAACCGCGCAGCUGCAGGACGAAGACCAUAACCCUCAUCAUCUGCAGCAGGAGCUCUGCAUCACACCCAAAACACAGGAAGCCUUUAAUUACAAGAGCUGCUUGUCAUUUUUUUUUCUAGAAAAUAUAACAUUUAUUUAUGUAGAAAUUAUUUUCACAUAAUCUGUGAUUAUUCUUGGCUGGAACAAGCAACCCAUGACUAAUACGGUAUGUGUACAUACAUUACUCAUCCUGUAUUAUACUCCAGAGCUGCACUCACUAUUCUGCUGGUGCAGUCACU